CUGUGAGUUCUAGCUUCAGCGUGUCAGCUGUUCAGGCUGCUCUGUUUGUCCCUCUCUGGUAUCCGUAGCUGGGCCGUCUCAGGCCUGAUGGCCUCCCAGUAGGUAGCACUUCCAGGAACUGGUUUGAAUUCACGUCCAACUGGAGAAGAAAGGAGACCAGGGUUCACUCCAACUCCAGGAGAGAUCCCAUAAUGCUGCCUCAGCACCUCAAGCAGAUCCGAGUCCUCAUGCUGCACGAAAAGGAAAACUUGGAGAGAACUUUGUUCAGACUUGAGCAAGGUUUUGAGCUCCAGUUCCGUCUGGGUCCGAGCCUCCAGGGAAGGCGGGUCAUCGUUCACACCAACUACCCCCUGGAAGGACAGAGGUUCAUUCGAAACAACUUCCGUGUUUUAGCCUGGAACUACCCGACAGGCCGGGAGGAUGACUCCGAUAAGUUCUGCUCCCUGGAGCUCAACAUGGCCGGAUCCUACCAGUACUACUUUGGAUACGCAGGCGUAGAGAGGUUAGGAGGAGGCUACAUCGUGGUGGACCCCGUGCUUCGUGUGGGAGGAGACAACCAUGUCCUCCCCCUGGACUGCAUCACCAUCCAGACCUACCUGUCCAAAUGCCUGGGACCCCUGGAAGACUGGCCAGACCGGCUGAGAGUGGCCAAGGAGUCAGGUUACAACAUGAUCCACUUCACUCCCCUUCAGACUCUGGGAGAGUCCCGGUCCUGUUACUCGCUAGCCGACCAGCUGAGCUUCAGUCCAGAGUUCAGUCCAGAAGGGAAGAGCUACGGCUGGGAGGACGUGGGAGAACUGGUGGAGAAACUGAGGACGGAAUGGAACAUGGUGUCCAUCACGGACGUGGUGUAUAAUCACACUGCUGCUAACAGCGUCUGGAUCCAGCGGCAUCCAGAGUGCGGCUAUAACCUGAUGAACUCCCCUCACCUGCGUCCUGCUUGGCUCCUGGACAGAGCCAUCUGGCACCUGACCACCAGGGUCGCAGACGGCCGCUACCGGGACAAAGGGCUUUCUGCUGACAUCACCUGUGAGAGCCACCUCAACGUGCUCCGCAGCGUCUUCUGGGAGGACAUCUUUCCUCAGAUCAAACUGUGGGAGUUCUUCCAGGUCCAGGUGGAAAGUGCUGUGGAGGAGUUCAGGAUUCUCCUCCAGAACGGGUCCAAACCAGAUCCCAGUAAGACUGGAGGAAAACCAGGACUGAAGAUCAUUCAAGACCCCCAGUACCGUCGCUAUGGCAACACAGUGGACAUGGACUCAGCUUUGGAGACGUUUGUUCCUCAUAGCUCCUCCCCUCAGCAUAUAGAGGAGUGCUGUGAUUGGCUGAAACGGAGACUGACCGAGCUGAAUGAGGAACAGUUCCACAUCGUACACCAGCAUCAGGAGCAGGCAGUCAACUGUGUGGUGGGGAACAUAGUGUACGAACGUCUGGCUGACCACGGCCCCAAACUGGGUCCUGUUACCAGGAAGAAUCCUCUAGUUACCAGGUAUUUCACCUUUCCCUUUGCAGAAAUGACUCUAGAGCAGGAGAUGGACUUUUUGAGCCAGCCGGAUAAGAUGUGCCACUUCCUGGCGCACAACGGCUGGGUGAUGGGCGACGACCCGCUGCGCAACUUUGCUGAGCCAGGGUCCAACGUGUACCUCCGGCGGGAGCUGAUCUGCUGGGGGGACAGCGUCAAGCUGCGUUAUGGCAACGGACCCCAGGACUGCCCCUACCUGUGGGAGCACAUGCAAAAAUACACCGAAAUCACAGCCAAGUACUUCCACGGAGUGCGACUGGACAACUGCCACUCUACACCGCUGCAUGUGGCCGAGUUCAUGCUGGAUGCAGCAAGAGGCGUCAGGCCCAACCUCUAUGUCAUAGCGGAGCUCUUCACAGGCAGCGAGCUCAUAGACAAUGUGUUUGUUAACCGGCUGGGAAUCAGCAGCCUGAUCAGAGAGGCCAUGUCAGCUGGAGACAGCCACGAAGAGGGCCGCCUGGUCUACCGCUACGGCGGAGAACCUGUGGGGGCCUUCGUCCAGCGCAGCCUGCGUCCCCUGAUGCCCUCCAUCGCUCACGCGAUGUUCCUGGAUGUGACCCACGACAACGAGUGCCCGAUCCAGCUCCGCUCGGCCCUGGACUCCCUGCCCAGCUCUGCCAUGGUGUCCAUGGCCUGCUGCGCCACCGGCUCCACCAGAGGAUACGAUGAACUGGUGCCUCAUCAGAUUUCUGUGGUGAAGGAGGAGCGUUUCUACCCCAAGUGGAACCCAUCUGCCGCCCCCACCUCCACAGGGGAAGUCGGCCCUCAGAGCGGCAUCAUCGCUGGGAAACUGGCUCUCAACAAGCUGCACCAGGAGCUGGGGGCCCAGGGCUUCAUCCAGGUCUACGUUGACCAGGUGGACGCGGACAUCGUCGCCAUCACCCGGCACUGCCCCAGCACGCACCAGUCCGUGGUGACCGUGAGCAGGACGGCCUUCAAGAACCCCAAGACCCACCACUACAAGCCAGACGCCCCGCCCAUGUUCAUCCCCGGUAAGAUUGAAGAAAUCAUUUUGGAGGCGAGAACGGUGGAGAGAGAAGCAGGGAGUUAUAAGAAGGAUGAGAAAUAUAUAAACGGCAUGCCAGAUUACACCGUGGAGAUAAAGGAGCACAUACCGAUCCAGGAGAGUACAGUGGUGAAGCACGCUGGGGUGACGUCAAAAGGCCGCUCAGAGUUCAUCCAAAGAAUCCAGUUCCAGAAGCUGACCCCCGGCAGCAUCAUCGCCUUCAGGGUCAGCCUGGACCCCAAGGCACAGCAACUGGUGGGCGUGUUGAGGUUUUAUUUGUCCCAGUUCAGCCCCAAGUACAGGAAGGGCAGCGUUCCAGAUGAAAACCCCCCAGAGGUGCUGCAGAAACCCCUCGCUCAGCUGAUUUCCAAGCUGACGCUCGCAGACAUGAACAUCCUGCUGUUUCGCUGUGAAGCCGAGGAACAAGAAGACGGCGGCGGCUGCUACAGCAUCCCAGGCUGGGAGAGCCUGAAGUAUGCCGGUCUGCAAGGUCUGAUGUCGGUGCUGGCGGAUAUCCGUCCAAAGAACGACCUGGGCCACCCUCUGUGUGCCAACCUCAGAGACGGAGACUGGCUCAUAGACUUUGUCUCCAACCGGCUGAUCCACAGGGACGGACCUCUGGCUCAGGUGGGUCAGUGGUUGGCAGCCAUGUUUAACUACCUGAAGCACUUCCCUCGUUACCUCAUCCCUUGCUACUUUGAUGCCAUCCUGGUGUCGACCUACACCACAGCUCUGGACGCCACCUUCAAGCUGAUGUCCAGCUUUGUGGAGAAAGGUUCCACGUUCGUCCGCCACCUGGCGCUGGGCUCGGUCCAGAUGUGCGGCGUGGGCCGGUUUCCGGCUCUGCCUCCGGUUUCCUCCAAAGUGGGGGACGUCCCGUACCGCGUCAGCCCCAUCACCGGGGAGAAGGAGCAGUGCUGCGUCUCCCUGGCAGCAGGUCUUCCUCAUUUCUCCGCUGGGAUUUUCCGUUGCUGGGGCAGAGACACCUUCAUCGCGCUCAGAGGACUCAUGCUAAUCACAGGCAGACACGCCGAGGCGCGCAACAUCAUUCUGGCAUUUGCUGGGACGCUGCGUCACGGUUUGAUCCCCAACCUGCUGGGAGAGGGUCGCAGCGCCAGAUACAACUGCAGGGACGCUGUGUGGUGGUGGCUGCAGUGCAUCCAGGAUUACACCAACCUGGUUCCUGAGGGACAUGAAAUCCUGCGCUGCCCCGUCACACGCAUGUACCCCACAGACGACUGUGAGCCCUGCAGACCAGAGCAGGUGGAGCAGCCGCUGUAUGAUGUCAUCCAGGAAGCUCUGCAGCGCCACCUGCAGGGCAUUUCCUACAGAGAGAGAAAUGCUGGAGCCAAGAUAGACAUGAACAUGAGGGAUGAAGGGUUCAACGUGGCGGCUAAGGUCGACCCGGCUACCGGCUUUGUGACCGGAGGAAACCGCUUCAACUGUGGAACCUGGAUGGAUAAAAUGGGGGAGAGCGAGCGAGCGAGGAACAAGGGGAUGCCUGCUACUCCCAGGGACGGUGCUGCGGUGGAGAUCGUGGGCCUCAGUAAGUCUGCGGUUCGCUGGCUGGUGGAGCUGAAGGCCAAAGGCCUGUUCCCCUAUGACGGAGCCAAGGUCCACAGAGACGGAGCUGAGGUGUUCAUCUCAUACUCAGAGUGGAACCAGCAGCUGCAGCGAUGCUUCGAGGCGGAGUUCUGGGUGUCUGGAGACCCUAACGACCCCAACGAGAAGCACCCUGACCUGGUGCAUAAGAAGGGCAUCUAUAAGGACAGCCACGGAGCGUCCAGUGCCUGGUGUGACUACCAGCUGAGGCCCAACUUCACCAUCGCCAUGGUGGUGGCUCCAGAGCUGUUCACCCUGGAAAGGGCCUGGAAGGCUCUGGACGUGGCUGAGAAGAAACUUCUGGGGCCGCUGGGGAUGAAGACUCUAGACCCAGAUGACAUGGUGUACUGCGGCGUUUAUGACAACGCUCUGGAUAACGACAACUACAACCUGGCCAGGGGCUUCAACUACCACCAAGGCCCGGAGUGGCUGUGGCCCGUCGGCUACUUCCUCCGAGCGAAGCUCUACUUUGCCAAGAAGCUGGGUGAGGAGACGUACGCCAAGGCCGUCACGCUGGUGAAGAACGUCCUGUCUCGACAUUACACCCACCUGGAGAGGUCCGUGUGGAAGGGCCUCCCGGAGCUGACCAAUGAGAACGGCCAGCACUGCCCGUUCAGCUGCGAGACGCAGGCCUGGUCUCUGGCCACGGUGCUGGAGGUGCUCUAUGACCUGUAGGAGCCCACAGAACCAUAGAGCUUAGUAAGCUAGAACUGCCUGUUGCUGCGUGGAUCCAGCAGGAAGAAAAGUCUCGUUCUUUCUGGUGUUAGAAUCUUCUGUCCUUCAGCUUCUCGCUGGUCACCACGGUAACCCCUCCGCGGCAUUCUCACUCAUUUGUUGCUUCAAAGAAUUUUAUUUCCUCCUAAAAUCCCAGUUUUGCUUCAUGUUCACGUUGUCCGGCGGCAGCCUGACGGCGCCGAUCCGCGCCUGAACAGGAAGCAGGAGCCUGGCUGACCUCAGCUCGCCGCCUGCGGUCGACGUUUCCACGCAUGUUAGGAGAAAACCUAGAAAACCAGAGAAUAGAGCCGUCCAUCUGUUGCUGUCAGCUGAGGUCCAGCAGGAAAUAGACAUUAACAUUUUACCGCCUGCGGUGACGCAGAGGGUUUCCCAUAAUGCACUGGCAGUCGAGCCGCUCUAGUUCAGUCCAUCUGCUCUGGGUUCAGUAGCCAUGUUUUCUUUUCCAGCAGUAGUCUUCCUGUUCGUCUCGAACAUAAAGAACCAGCGGGUUCUGUUAGUUUGGGUCCCUGAUGUCCUCCGACAUGUUGAAUAGAUUAGCAUGGCCGCUCAGGUUAGCAUGUAGUUAGCAUCUAACGGUUGAUCUUUCAGUGUGGCGGCCUCAUGGAUAGACUGAUCAGCGUAACACCUGAACGCCGCCUGUCUGAGGCAGACCUUCAGCCUCUUAACCUGUCAGUGAAUCUGCUUCCUGUUAGAAUGUUCUGCUAACCGUCUAACCCACCCCCACCC